AUGCGUGAAUGGACCUGCAUCUCAGCUGCUGGCCAGUAUUCUGAAAGAGUACUUGCCUUCAGUAGGAGCACUGUCUCUACCAUUCUUUUUACUGGGGCAGGCACGGAGUACUUGGGCCCUGCCACCCUCUUGGAUCUUGAGGAGGGCCUGGCCCUGAAAGAUGAUGAUAUGUCUUCCUGGAAUGGCUGGCCAGCCAUGCCCCAGUCUAUGUGGUUGUUUUUAACAACUCAAGCUUUUGCCCUUCGUGACAAGUAUGUGAAGUUAUGGUUUAUGGAGAACCAAUUCAUUGACACCAAAGGUACAGUGAUGGCUUCUAAUAAGAAACGCAACUAUGAUGACAACUACCUGGAUUUUGGAUUUACAAGUAUCACUGAUAAAGGUGUAGUGAAGCCUCAGUGUGUGAUUUGUCACAAAAUACUCACAGCUGAAUCACUAAGGCCCAUGCAAUGCCGAAUCUCCCAAAUAUCUGAUGACAUCAAAGAGCAGGUGAUACAGGAAAUUAAAAGAGCUGGAUUAUUCAAUAUUCAACUCGAUGAGUCCACUGACAUCCAGUCCUGCUCACAACUCCUGGCUUUUGUAAGGCAAGCUCUUGCAUCAAAAACACUACCCUCAGAAUUACAGGACACUCUGAAUACAAUUAUAAAGACAGUUAACUUUGUAGAAGGUAGUGCUCUUAACACAUACCUUUUCAAGAGACUCUGCCAAGAUAUGGAUGCAGCUCAUGAGACCCUCCUAUUUCAUACAGCAGUUCGCUGGCUAUCAAAAGGAAAUGUAGUUCAGAGUGUAUUUGAGCUCAGAGAAGAGAUCAGCCUCUUUCUCAGAAUACAGAACAAGCAAGAUUUGCUGUCAGCAUGGUCUGCAGAUAGCUUCGAAAUACGGCUAGGCUAUCUUGUUGACAUAUUUAGACAGUUGAACACACUGAACCUGGAACUCCAAGGGAAAGGAAGCUUGAUAAUCGAUUCUGUGGACAAAGUCAAAGCUUUCAUUCGUAAGAUGGAGAAUUGGAGGCACAAAGUUGGAAUGGGAAACUUGGCAAUGCUGAAGACAGUGUCAGAAAUUGUAGAGGAGUGUGAUGCUGCUACGCAGAACUUGAUUACCCAGCAUCUUGAGGCCUUGGAAGAGGAAUUUUAA